GACCAAACUCCUCAAGGCAAGAGAGCUAAGAACACAUUCUCUGAUGAAGCCUACACCCUCCCAACACUUUCCUUGACCCCUUCUGAUCAGACCGAUCAAAGUUUGGAUCACUCUGAUGAUUCCAUCCUUGAAUCCCCACUCAAGAAUCGACACUCUCACCAUCGAAAGGAUCCUGUCACUCCUAAACGCCCAUCUGCACACAGUGUCACUCGACAAGUUGGCUCACCUCUCAAGCAGACACACACCAAGGCCAAAGGAAAUGCUCAGAAGACCCAAGAUCCAUCGCAAUCGUCUAUUCGAACCCAUCUCCAGGGGUUUGGUCCACACACUUCACGACAAGUGAAUGAGACUGAUAUGGACCACCGGGUCAGUUCUUUGGUUCAAGAUGGCCCCCCAAAGCAGCACAAGGGGGCUUCUAUUUGGUGGAAAUAUGUCUAUCCUCUGGAAAACCAAACGUUCGAAAUGGUGUCUUAUGGGUUGGUUGCCGGCUUUGCAAUGCCCCUACUUAUCCAAACACCCGCUCUGAGUGCGUAUGAAAGACUGAAUGAAAAGUUUAUUAAGCUAAUAGUUCUCAAAAACAGAUCGUGGACCGUAUGGCAGAAUGGUGGAGGAACAUUAUCCAACAUUCCACGUCAUAUUGCCUCAAACCACAAGGAAUUAGCACAUCAACUUGGGCUAUCUUCCAAGGGCUCACGGCUAGGUGGAGAUACAAUGCCUCCCGCAUUCAAUCUGGAAACUGCGGUUGAGAAGAUGAUCACUUGGAUCAUCAGCGAUGACCAAGCCAUGCAGGUUGUUGAGUCACAAGAAUUUCGCGAGAUGAUUAAGGCCUUCAAUCCAACCCUCAUCGAUGGUGAUAUCCCAGGCCGAGGUACAAUCCGUCACCGUAUCUUGACACGUUAUAAGCAAGAUCGCCAAGAAUUAAAGCAGCAGCUCAAAGACGCCCUAGGUCGAAUCUCAUUGACCGCCGAUUUAUGGUCUAGCUCCACCAUGAAGUCAUUCAUGGCUGUGACAGUCCACUGGACCGCUCGCAUGCCUGAUGGUGAGCUGACCCUCAAGACGGCACUUGGGGGAUUCCGUUACAUUAGGGACAAGCACGAUGGGCAUAACAUCGCCACUCAUCUUGUUAAAAUCCUUGAGGAAUUGGAUAUCCUCAACAGGGUUGGUGCGAUAACACUUGACAAUGCUUCAAGCAACGAUAGUGCCAUGUCCUACCUCAAAGACUUCUUUCAAGCUCGUGGGGUCGAAUUCAACUGCAAACAACAACGCGUUUGGUGCUUCUCACAUGUCAUCAACAUCGCAGUACAGGAGUUGCUCGCGGUCCUCCCAGAACCUGACAAGUUUCAACUCCGUCAUAUUACCGACAAUUCACUCAAAUCCAUUUAUCGUCAAGGCAAGCGGGAGAAGGCUUAUGCUGACAUACUCAAGACAAACCUUGUUGAGCGCAUCGCUGGGCUGAUCAAGCAACUUCGAUCAUCAGGCCAACGACGUGAGGGUGUAGGCUUCAUCAGAGAAUGUGUUCUUAGCUCUCUUGCCUUGAGGAGUUUG